AUGGACCUUCGAAUCCAGGGAUACAGUGCUUUACUUUCGCCAUCGUACAUUGCUGAAGAAUUUCCAAUGAGCGAGAAAUCAUGCGAAACAGUUGCCAAGGCACGGGAAGAGAUUUCUCGUGUAUUACGUCGCGAAGAUGAUCGAUUGGUUGUCAUUGUGGGUCCAUGCUCUGUCCACGAUGUAAUUGCUGCUAAAGAAUACGCUGGUUUAUUGCUUAAAGCCAAGGAAAAGUACCAAGAUGAGCUUGUCAUUGUGAUGCGUUCUUACUUUGAGAAGCCACGAACCACCGUGGGAUGGAAGGGAUUGAUCAAUGAUCCAGACAUUGAUGAAAGCUACAAUAUCAACAAGGGGUUGCGUAUUGGUCGUGGACUAUUGAACGAGUUGACGAACAUGGGGAUGCCAGUGGCAGUUGAAUUGUUGGAUACCAUUUCACCACAAUACCUAGCCGAGCUUAUCUCAUGGGGUGCUAUUGGUGCACGUACUACUGAAUCGCAGCUUCACCGUGAACUUGCAUCGGGUUCUUCAUUUCCUGUUGGCUUCAAGAACGGCACGGAUGGCAAUCUUACUAUUGCUAUGGAUGGCAUUCGAGCUGCUGCUGUAUCUCAUCACUUUUUGGGUAUCACUCGUCAAGGAACUACAGCCAUCACCCACACCCUCGGCAACCCGGAUUGUCAUGUGAUCUUGCGUGGUGGCAAUCGUGGACCCAACUACAGUGCUAAUGAUAUCCAAGAAGCACGUCGUCAACUGGAAAAGACCAAACUCACUCCCAACAUCAUGGUGGAUUGUUCCCAUGGAAACUCAAACAAGGAUCACCGCAACCAGCCCAAAGUCGCCCAAUGCCUUGCUGAACAAAUCUCAAAGGGUGAAGAUGCUAUCAUGGGUCUCAUGCUCGAAUCGCACAUCAAUGCUGGCAAACAAAGUGUCCCAGAGGAUGGUGCUGUAGCCUUAAAGUAUGGUGUCUCCAUUACGGAUGGGUGCAUUGAUUGGGAUACAACCGAAGAUGUGUUGGAGAUGAUGGCUAAAGCUGUCAGAGCACGUCGUACAUCAUCCAAGCAAUAUCAUUGA